UCGGUCUCUUUGAGGUUGAGUUGAUGAUACCUACGUUGCGGGAACAGGUGACGUGUGCCAUUUCGUAUUUAUUUUGCCGUAGCCGCUCACCCAUAUUUCAUGGUAACUCGUUUAUUUUCACCAAUUAUUCGAGUGUUUCGCCAAGCCCAAGGUAAUCAGAGGGCUUGACGGGUAGUUAAUCAAUAUGUGGAACGCUCUGCGUUACCUGAUAGCGCUCAGCGUCGUCUUCGAGUGCACGUCCGGUCUGUACUUUCACAUAGGCGAAACCGAGCGAAAAUGCUUUAUCGAGGAGGUCCCCGACGAUACCACUGUCCUGAUGACCUACAAAGUUGAGCUGUACGAUCCCAGAAGUCAAGGAUUCAUGCCCAGUAGUCCUGGAAUUGGUAUGCACGUCGAAGUCAGGGAUCCAGAUGACAAGAUCGUUCUGUCCAGGGUCUACAGUUCUGAGGGCCAAAUAUCAUUCACUUCUCAGAUUCCUGGUGAACAUUUGAUCUAUUUGUACUCAAACAGCACUGCAUGGUUCAGUGGAGGACAAUUGAGGGUACAUUUGAACAUCCAAGUCGGUGAGCAGGCCAUUGAUUACGCUUACGUUGGACAAAAAGAGAAAUUAUCAGAGCUUCAACUGCGAGUCAAGCAGCUUUUGGAUCAAGUCGUCCAAAUUACUAAAGAACAGAGUUAUCAAAGAUACCGAGAAGAAAGAUUCAGACAUACUUCUGAAAGCACCAACAGCAGAGUGUUGUGGUGGUCUCUUGCACAGACUAUUGUUUUGGUUAUUAUGGGUUCUUGGCAGAUGCGCCACCUCAAGAGCUUCUUUGAGGCUAAGAAACUUGUUUAAUUUUUCUUCAAGUAUGAAACAUCACGUGAUACAGGAACUGAACUUUUUCCUAUGACGAGUAAGAGCCAAUGUGCAGUACUCAACAAUAUAUUUGUAUUAAAAGUGAAUACUUUAAAGUUUUUACGUGAGAAGAACAAAAAAUUAAUAACGAGAACGUUUUGUUGAGCCUUGAUUUAAAACGUUAUGUAUAAUUAAAGAUGAUGCGAUUUUUA